AUGCUGUCUAAUCCAAUUUCAAUGGAUUUAGUUGGAUUAACGUGUUUUAAUGCUAAUUUCUCCAAGUCAUAUAAUGAAAAUGAUGAUGAUGGUAGAAUGAAUACUGCCCCAACUUUUGUUGUUCCUGUUGUUUUAGAUGUUUCUGCGUUACGCUAUAGCAAGUUGAUACGAAUAUACUCAACUGUUGUUCUUCUGAAUGCAACUUCUGCACCACUUAAGCUGCGGUUUGAUAUUCCUUCUAAUACUUCACAAUAUUUGAUCCUAUACACCCUGGGCAACAGUUUCCACUUCCACUACAUUUGGCUGAAGCUGGUUGUGUAA